AUGGGCUACUCCGAAAUUCAUUGCCACAUAUGUGGUGUCAGUUUCAACAUCAGCCGUGCCCGCACAGAGAAGGAGCCUCGCAGCGCCGCUUGGGGUCAAGAGUGCGACUUUCCAGAUCGCUUCCAUCCAGAGUCUUGUCCUGAUGAGCCGGGAUGCUUUUGGGUCGACAGAUAUGCCGAUGCGAACCAAGAUGCUGAAGAACCCGAGACCGCUCUCUUGGAGCCAGUCAAAUUCUUCCCCGCCGACAUUGAUCAAGACAACUUCGAGCCGGAAGAUUGGGAACAUAUUUCAGGGCCAAGGUGUAAUCAAGGCGAUGCUUACAACGGAUACAACAUCUCAGUAAAGGCCAUGAGAGGUUGCAAAACCUCUCAAUGCCUUGUGCGCAAGCCAGAGGACUGGGAGCCUGAGCCGGAUGAUGAGGAGUUUGAAACUUCGGGGCACUUCUUCCUCAGCGGUCUGAAUGACUCCAUGCCAAGCAGAGACAUGGACUAUCCCCAAGUCUUUCCUACUCGCCAUGACUGUGACAGUCCUCAUGCUGACAACUGCAUCUGGACUAUUGAGGACGCUGAAGUCUACGCCAUGCCUUUUCAUCCGACCUGUCUCGAAGUUUUCAAGAGGGCCUCGCUACAUAGGUACGGCGUUGUUGAUAUCGAAUGUCUUACGCAGUGGUGGGCACAUGAAGCAAAUUACGAGGACUUUCAUGCCUUUCCACGACAUCCCGAUGUCGAAAAUGGCCAACAGCAGUCCUGGGAUCAUUCUCCAGGGGACGAGUACCUUGUCGCCAAUCCAUGCUUUAUACCUGGCUUGGAAGCUCUCUUAUCUUCCGCGAAGCGUCCAAAAGAGCUUGGCCAGUCAAACGGUGAAAUAACUCCCACGGCCGUCUCGAUGGCGAAAAAUCCCACAGAUCUCUUCUCCCGACUUCCCGGAGAGAUUAGAAUGUUUAUUCUACUGCAGUUGGGCUUCAGGGAUAUCGCCAACCUCCGGCUCGCUUCUCGGACAUUUUUGCAGCUGCCCCAGUCGCUCUUCUAUCACUUGACUUUGAGCGACAACCCGUGGUUGUACGAAGCCUGGUCGUCGUUGCCCAUCUCCUUCUGGGCUACCACAACACGGGAAGAGGAAGAGAGAAAGGAAAACUCACGGCAGGCUAGAUUGACAGAGCUAAGAAACGCCAUUGAGGAUAUUUCCGGUAGCCCCCGUCCCACAACCUCGGUCAUUUUGCUGGGCCGUAUCGAGACGGACUGGUACCGUCUGCAGACUGAGAUUGGCCGAAACUGGAAGAGAUUGCAGGGAUUACGAAACCGGAGAAGGAUAUGGGAUGAUUGCCAGGAGAUUCUCAACCGUGUGGAUGCUUAUAGAAAGGAGGGCAAGAUCCGCCGGGGGCAAGCGGUUGAUGUCGUCGCAAUGACUAGGCGGGCUGAAGAGGUGCAGGCUGAGAAGGGUAGGAGAUGGGCAAGGUAUUGUGCCGCUGGGAGGCAGGGUCCAUAUAACCCAGAGGAUUGGGCUUGA